AUGAACCGCGAAGAGCACUAUUUCCCCCCGCAGGUGUUUAAAGACUCCUGCGCCUACCAGAGGUCGCAGGGGGAGGACUACAGCCACAGCCCGCCGCCCUGCCUCUACAUGGGCCGACAGGUCCACUCCGCGUACGCCGCGCCGUCCAUGGGCGCGCUGGACCCGGCGAGCCUCCCUGACGUUACUCCUUACGGCAUGGCCUUGCGGGAGGAGCCCGGGCUGCCUCAGCUACACCACCCUCAGACUGCCCAGCAGCAGCAGCAGCAGCCGCCGCAGCCGCAGCAGCCUCCUCUGCCACCUCCGCCCACCGGAGGGUACGGAGGAGACACGGGGCAAGUUCCCGCGUGCGCCGACAGGAGUAGAUACCACCUCCCUUUCCCCUGGAUGAAGAGCACCAAGUCUCACGCGCACAGCUGGAGGGGACAAUGGGCAGUGUGA